AUGAUACAAUGGCGAGUCAUGAAGAUAAUACUUAUAAUAAUUUACCUAAUGUUUACCUUUGUACACUUGGAAAUAAAUAAUGACAAUAGUAAUAUAAAUAUAAAUAAUAACAAUGACAAUAAUAAUGAAUUAUCAAAUAAGUUUAAGCGAAAUAAACCGGCUUAUUCAUCGAUCGGUUCAAAUGCAUUAGCAAGAUCCGCUUUGGUGGAACGUCAAGAGAAGCUACAAUAUAACUGUGAAGAUAUAAUCACAGCUAAAAAAAUUAACGAACGUGUCUUGAUACCAAAUGAUUUUAGAAAUAUACUUGUAAAUGAUGAGCUUGAAUUGCUUUAUUGCUACGUACCGAAGGUUGCCUGUACUAAUUGGAAACGUGUUUUGAUGAUUGCAACUGGGAAAUGGUCUGGGAAUAAUCCCCUUGAAAUACCGGGAAAUCUUACUCACGCUGCUGGUACCUUUAAAAGAUUGAGUAAUUUUACGAUGCCGGAAAUUGAACGUAAAUUAUCAUAUUAUGAUACACUUAUUGUUGUAAGACAUCCUCUUGAAAGACUACUUUCGGCGUACAGAAAUAAAUUUGAAGCUAAAGAUGAAAUUGGUUCCAAGUACUUUCAAAAUCGUUUUGGUCGAAAGAUUAUAAAAAAUUACAGACGGAAUCCAACUAAAGAAUCUUUGACAAACGGAGAUGACGUUACAUUCAGUGAGUUCGUUGAUUUUAUAACUGAUAAAAACAUAAAUGGUACAAGCAACGAACAUUGGAAGCCCAUUUAUGAAUUAUGUUUGCCUUGUGAUGUUAAUUAUAAUCUUAUUAGCAAGUAUGAGACACUUGCUGAAGAUGCGAUGGAAAUAUUGGAAAGAAUUGGCGCUGGAUCGUUAACAUUUCCAAUGAGAGCAUCGAGCAAUGAACCAACGGCAGGAAAAUUGGAGCAUUAUUAUUCAAUGCUCACUUAUAAACAAAUUAAGAAAUUAGCUAAAAUGUACAAAAUGGAUUUGAAGUUGUUUGAGUAUUCUUUAGAACAAGUUCUUGGAUUUUCUUUAGCGUGACUUGUAUUGCUGUGUUCUUAUAGAUUUAUGUAACUAUAUAUUUUAAUGCAUUUAUUAAGGAUAUACAUUUUAAAUCUGUGAUUAUCAAGGUGCACAAUUUUUUAAUUUAAUAACUAUUUGAACUAUUAUUAUCAUACAAAUUUUUAAAGAAAAUAAAACGAUUUAUUGCCAUUUUUA